AUGGAUAUCAACAUAGCUGCCGGAGCAUUAAAUAGCUCGAGAACUCUAGCAGCCUCGUCCAAAUGGCAACAAAUGAAUGCUUCUGUCGCUAGUCAGCUUCAAAGCACUUUUCAAAGGUCUCUUCUGGGCUGGUCAACAUGGCAGUAUCUCGCGACCUUUCUACUGGGGGUAGUCAUCUACGAUCAAGUUAUGUAUAUCAAGCGCAAAGGCUCUAUUGCUGGGCCAUCAUUCAAAAUUCCAUUGAUCGGUCCCUUUAUUCAAGCACUUCAUCCAAAGUUUGAUGAAUAUCUGGCACAGUGGGCGAGUGGGCCACUCAGCUGUGUAUCAGUUUUUCAUAAAUUCGUUGUCCUAGCCUCUGACCGAGACAUUGCGCACAAAGUCUUCAAAUCACCCUCGUAUACCGAGCCAUGUCUUGUACCAGUUGCGAAGGACAUUUUAGGCCACAAAGCUUGGGUUUUCUUGCAGGGCAGAGAACAUGCUGAGUACCGGCGAGGAUUGACGCCACUUUUCACCAACAAAGCUAUGGCUACCUACUUCCCUGUUCAAGAAAGGGUCUUCGCAGACUACUUUGACAAAUUUGUUGCAGCCAGUCAGGCAAACAGAGAACAGCCGGUUCCAUUCAUGACCCUAUUCCGUGAAAUCAAUUGUGCACUGUCAUGUCGGACAUUCUUCGGUGAUUAUAUCUCGCAGAAUGCGGUCAAGAGAAUCGCAGACGAUUACUACCUCGCUACCGCUGCCCUUGAACUUGUCAAUGUCCCAUUCUCCAUGCACAUCCCAUUCACUAAGACCUGGAAAGGAAAGCGAAUAGCUGAUGCAGUGCACGCUGAGUUCGAGAAAUGUGCAGCCGCUUGCAAGGCCAAUAUGGCGACUGGGGCUGCACCCACCAGUAUUGUAGAUCACUGGGUAUUACACAUGAUGGAGUCUGAGCGAUAUCGCCAGCGCAUUGCCGCAGGCGAGACAGAUGUCGAAAAGCCGACGAACAUGAUCCGCGAAUUUACAAACAAGGAAAUCAGUGAGACCCUCUUCACAUUCCUAUUCGCAUCACAAGACGCAUCAAGCAGUGCGACAACAUGGCUGUUCCAAAUAUUGGCCCAACGACCCGAUGUCCUUGAUCGUUUAAGACAAGAGAACUUGGAUGCCAGGGGCGGCGAUAGAACCAAGCCGUUUGACCUACCCAUGCUCGAGUCGCUCACCUACACGAACGCCGUGAUCAAAGAGUUACUACGCCACCGGCCGCCUGUCAUCUUUGUGCCUUACCUAGCAACAAAGGAUUUCCCAGUAACUGCAGACUAUACGGUGCCAAGGGGAUCCAUGAUUAUCCCGUCUUGCUACCCAGCUCUGCAUGAUCCAGACGCUUAUCCAGACCCGAACGUAUUCAACCCUGACCGCUGGAUCACAGGCGAUGCCGAGUCCAAAACCAAGAACUGGCUGGUUUUUGGUGCAGGGCCACAUGAUUGUUUGGCGAGACGGUACGUACCGUUGUCGAUGGCCGCAAUGAUUGGGAAGGCAGCAUUGGAACUUGAUUGGAAGCAUUUUGCGACAGAGCAAUCGGAAGAGAUUCGAGUGUUUGCUACGUUGUUUCCGAUGGAUGGUUGUCCAUUGGUUUUUACAGGAAAACCUUAG